AGCUUUGUUCAAAAUGAACAUUUUCACGCCUGUCCUGAAGAGACCAGCGUUCCAAAAUGUUGAGACGAUUUCUGCUACAAGCUUCUGCUACUCGUCGUCUUCCCAAUGGAUAUUUUGUUCCGCCAUAUUCAGCUCCUUUGUUUCACAAUCGUUCAGUUUCUUCUUCAACUUCUUAUUCUUCUUCAUCCCAAAUCCCACACAGUCCUUUCGUCGAACACGCGGAGAACGACCCUGACCAAACCACUACUCAACCCACUACCUCUAUUACCAUCGACCGCUCCGGCCUAUACAACCCACCUGAGCAUUCUCAUGAACCUUCUUCGGACUCCGAGCUCGCCAAGCACCUCAAGGGCAUCAUCAAGUUCCGUGGUGGCCCAAUCUCAGUUGCUGAGUAUAUGGAGGAAGUUCUGACAAACCCAAAAGCUGGGUUCUACAUGAAUCGAGAUGUGUUUGGAGCAGGAGGUGAUUUUAUAACCUCUCCGGAAGUGAGCCAGAUGUUUGGGGAGAUGGUUGGUGUUUGGGCCAUGUCUCUCUGGGAACAAAUGGGACAGCCUGCUAGAGUGAACCUAGUUGAGCUAGGGCCUGGAAGAGGAACUCUCAUGGCUGACCUUCUUCAUGGUGCAUCAAAAUUCAAGAACUUCACCGAAUCCUUGCAUGUACACAUGGUAGAAUGCAGUCCUGCGUUGCAGAAACUUCAGCACCAGAAGCUGGAAUGUGUAGAUGAAGACGUAACGGCUGGCAAAAGGACUGUAAGCAUGUUGGCUAAAACUCCUGUAUCAUGGCAUGCCACAUUGGAGCAGGUUCCUUCAGGAGUGCCAUCUAUCAUCAUAGCGCACGAGUUCUAUGAUGCUUUACCAGUUUAUCAAUUUCAGAGGGCAUCUCGUGGCUGGUGUGAGAAAAUGGUUGAUGUUGCAGAAGAUUCAACGUUUCGCUUUGUUCUGUCUUCACAGCCUACACCAGCAACUCUCUAUCUAGCAAAACGCUGCAAGUGGGCUGGAAAAGAAGAAAUAGCAAAGCUUGGUCAUAUUGAGGUUUGCCCCAAAGCAAUGGAGUUGACUGAAACUAUUGCUGAAAGAAUUGCUUCAGACGGUGGUGGAGCUCUUAUAAUUGAUUAUGGCCAAAAUGGAGUAGUCUCAGAUAGUCUGCAGGCAAUUCGGAAACAUAAAUUUGUCAACAUUCUGGAUGAUCCAGGGUCUGCUGAUCUCAGUGCAUAUGUUGAUUUUGCUUCCAUCAGGCACUCUGCUGAGGAAGUUUCAGGAGAGGUUUCUGUCCAUGGUCCAAUCACUCAGUCUCAGUUUCUUGGUGCUCUUGGGAUAAAUUUCCGAGUGGAAGCAUUGACACAGAACUGCACAGAAGAACAAUUUGAGUCUCUAAGGAAUGGAUAUUGGCAACUGGUUGGCGAAGGCGAGGCCCCCUUCUGGGAGGGGCCUGAUGAUAAGGUCCCCAUUGGAAUGGGUACUCGGUAUCUGGCAAUGGCCAUUGUCAACAAGAAACAAGGUGUUCCAGUUCCAUUUGAGUGAGAGUGAACCUGAGAAAAGAAAAAUGUAGCAUUUUUCGAUGAAAUUAAUUGCGUGUAGUGUACAUUAGUAAAUUUAAGAAUGGACUGAACCAACUUCAUGGUUGAGGUUCUUUCAGAUUUUGGUUUGCAAAUUAAAUUGCAUUUUUGUAAUGUGUCAAAUAAUAUAGAUAGGAAUUUUAAUGAAUUCCUUGCCUCAUGUCCAACUGUAAGUGUAUGGACUUGAUGAGUUAAUUAUAUUUAAGAUUUUUUAUAUU